UGACACUCAACUCACAUUUAGAAUUACAGCUAUAACAGGAGAAAUGAAUGCUCAUCUUUUAUUCACAGUGAAGAUGCUGUGCAUUGCCAGACUGUGUAUUGCAGUUUGUGGGGUUGAUUUAGGGACCUGUAUCCUUCAAGGUGACGCUCAGCCACCUGCACUUUCUGAGGAUGGAGACUUUAUUGUUGGAGGGGCUUUUACUAUUCAUUACUAUGUGAGGACAGAAAAGUACACCUAUACUAGGAGGCCACAACCAUUAGAGUGCAGUGGCAGCAUGGACUUCAGAGAGCUGCGCUUUGCUCGUGCUUUGCAGUUCGCCAUCCAAGAGAUCAACAACAGCUCAGAUCUUCUACCGGGCAUCUUUUUAGGGUACCACAUAUAUGACUCCUGUGGCUCUGUGCCAAUGGCAAUCAAGGUAGCGUUACAGCUUGCUAACGGACUAGAUCCUAAAUAUAACGACACCGACUCCUGUGCAAAAUCUGCCGCAGUUCUCGCACUAGUUGGAGAUUCUGCUUCCACCCCGGCUAUAAGCAUUUCAAGAAUAUUCGGUCCUUUUGAAAUUCCACAGGUGAGUCAUUACGCAACAUGCGCGUGUCUCAGUGACAAGCGACAGCACCCUACUUUCUUCAGGACCAUCCCCAGUGAUCACCAUCAAGCCGCCGCACUGGCGCGGAUGGUCAAGCGCUUCGGGUGGACGUGGAUAGGGGCUGUGCGCAGUGAUUCAGACUACGGGAACAAUGGCAUGGCAUCAUUCCUGAAAGCUGCGGAGAAAGAGGGAAUUUGUGUGGAAUAUUCUGAAGCCUACUACAGGACCUACCCGCUCAGUAAACUGAAAAGGGUUGCGGAUGUCAUUCGCAGAUCAACGGCUCGUGUUAUCGUUGCUUUUGUGGCCGCAGGUGAUAUGAGAUUUCUCCUAGAAGAACUGAGCAAAGAGCCACUCCCUCCAAUGCAGUGGAUUGGGAGUGAAGCUUGGGUUUCAGACCCACAGAUGCUGCGGUUUAAUUUAAGUAUAGGAACGAUGGGCGUUGCGGUCCCGCGAUCUCUUAUCCCGGGUUUUCGUAAAUUUCUACUUGACCUGUCCCCAUACAAGGUGUUAAAAUUUCCCUUGCUGACAGAAUUCUGGGAAAGCUCAUUUAGUUGUAGUCUACAACAGCAGACAGAUCCUUCCACUGGCAUGCCCGCAUGUGAUGGCACAGAGGACCUUGGCAGGUUAAAGAACCCGUACACAGACACGUCCCAGUUGCGCGUCUCUAACAUGGUGUACAAAGCAACAUACGCUAUAGCUCAUGCACUCCAUGGCAUUGUCUGCAACGAAACACAGUGCAGCAAAAACAUUAAAGUUAAGCCCCGACAGGUUUUUGAUCAACUCAAGCAAGUGAAUUUUUCUAAAAAUAAUUAUUCUGUUUCGUUUGAUGCUAAUGGAGACCCUGUGGCCGUGUAUGAACUUGUGAACUGGCAGCUUCAAGGAGAUGGUUCAAUUGAUUUUGUGACAGUGGGCAAAUAUGAUGCGUCCCAGCCUGAAGGCCAAGAAUUCAGCCUGAACAAAGCUAUCAUUUGGUAUGAUGGCAGUGAAAAGGUGCCUGUGUCUGUGUGCAGUGAAAACUGUCCACCGGGUACUCGGAAGGCUGUAAAAAAAGGAAGACCUGUUUGCUGUUACGACUGCAUUCCAUGCGGAGAAGGAGAAAUCAGCAAUAAGACAGAUUCUCCAGACUGUGAUAAAUGUCCACCUGAUUACUGGCCCAGUACUGAGAAGGACAAGUGUCUUCCUAAACCAGUGGAGUUUCUGUCUUGGGAUGAGAUCCUUGGGAUUAUCCUAGCUGUUCUCUCUGUUUCUGGCUCAUUACUGGCUUUAAGCAUGGCUUUAGUGUUUUAUAAAAACAGGGCUUCUCCAAUAGUGAGAGCCAACAACUCUGAACUGAGCUUCCUGCUGCUCUUCUCACUGACUCUGUGUUUCCUCUGUUCACUCACUUUCAUCGGUCAGCCCACUGAGUGGUCCUGUAUGUUGCGUCACACAGCUUUUGGGAUCACUUUUGUCCUCUGCAUCUCUUGCGUUCUGGGGAAAACAAUAGUGGUGUUAAUGGCCUUCAAAGCUACACUUCCAGGAAGUAAUGUCAUGAAAUGGUUUGGGCCUCCUCAACAGAGACUCAGCGUUUUUGGUUUCACUCUUGUACAGAUUAUUAUUUGUGUGCUUUGGUUAACAAUAUCUCCACCGUUUCCGUACAAAAAUAUGCAGCACUACAAAGACAAGAUCAUUCUAGAAUGCAGUUUAGGGUCAGCUGUUGGUUUCUGGGUUGUACUAGGUUAUAUUGGUCUUUUAGCAUCACUUUGCUUUGUUUUAGCUUUUCUGGCUCGGAAGUUGCCUGAUAACUUCAAUGAGGCUAAAUUCAUCACCUUUAGUAUGCUCAUAUUCAGUGCUGUUUGGAUCACCUUUAUCCCAGCUUAUGUCAGUUCUCCAGGGAAAUUUACUGUGGCUGUAGAGAUUUUUGCCAUUUUAGCUUCAAGCUUUAGUCUGAUUCUUUGUAUUUUCGCUCCGAAGUUUUUUAUUAUUUUAUUUAGGCCAGAAGAAAACACCAAAAAACAUUUAAUGGGUAAAGUACAAAGCAAAUCUUACUGAUGUACUCACAACACCUUGCAUAAUAUAUCACUUAUUUCAAGAUGUUUUGGUGCCAGCUUUAAUCAUAUACAUUUUUUAAAGUUUGUACUAGAGCUGCACAAUAUAUGGUUUUCUCAUUGAAAUUGCAAUGUGCACAUUUGCAAUAUUCACAUUACAGGAUCUGCUACAUCAAGUCUGGAUUAUAUUUAAUCAGGAGUCACAGAGGAAAACAUGUAAUUUUUGGACAAAAAUGCAACGUUUAAACCAUAAAGUUACCAAAACAUCAAUCACUUGCAAGUGUGAGCAUUUUAAGCCAGUUUAAAGCAUUUUUGACUUAUAUUAGAUAAUUUGUGCCUGAACACUGCAAGACUCAUGGAAGACUCAUAGAGACUCACUGUUUAUUUUAUGCCACUAUAUUUUUCAAUGCUUGUGAUACAGUAGGUUCAAUAUAUUUUAUGCAGAUAGACAGUCCUACAAAAUCAUCCUAAUCAAUCUAAACCAAUAAAAUAUUUCCACCCCGAACUCAUCCUAGUGAAAUGACAGUAUACUCAAUAUCGCAAUAUGAAUCAUAGAAAAAUAAAAGGUUGAUUUUUUUUUUUUACAAUAUUGUGCGGCCCGAGUUUGUCAUUUUAUAUUUACAUGUUGACAGUGUGCAUUAAUCAAAACUAUACAAAUUGUAUAUGUACAAUGGAAAACUUUGAAAAAUAUAUGUAAUUUGUAUAUAUUGCCAUGUAUGAAAUUUGUCUAUGGGUUCUCUGGUUAUGUUUUCAUGUUGUAUAAACUUUUUAAACAAAAAAUAUAUCUUUUGUCAGUUUGCUGUGAUGGCUGUGUAUAAAGUUUCGCAGCACAUUAACAUUAAUUCAGCACAGAGUGUAAUUUGAAAUUUGUAUCUUGUAUUUCUUGCUACUGAAUAGUAAGUUUAAAAAAAUCUUAAGGUUUUUUUCUUGGUGAUUAAAGCAAAUGUUCUCAUUACAUAU